AGACUACAUGAUGUUUUUCUGCUGAAGCGAGUCUCUAUAAGUCUCCUCUUCAUCUAGAUCUUAGGGGUUAUCAAUAUCUUAAGCUUAAAUGUCUUACGCAUAUCUCUUCAAGUAUAUCAUCAUCGGCGAUACUGGAGUAGGGAAAUCAUGCCAUCUGCUUCAGUUCACCGACAAGAGGUUUCAGCAGGUGCAUGAUGUCACCAUCGGUGUUGAGUUUGGGGAUAGGAUGAUCACCAUCCACAACAAGCCCCUCAAACUCCAGAUCUGGGAUACGGCUGGUAAAGAAAACUUUAGGGCUAUUACAAGGUCGUAUUAUAGAGGUGCUGCAGGGGCUUUGCUUGUCUACGAUAUCACUAGGAGAGAGACGUUCAACCAUCUAGCCAGCUGGCUAGAGGAUGCAAGGCAGCAUGCUAACGCAAAUAUGACGAUUAUGCUCAUUGGGAAUAAGUGUGAUCUUGCCAGCAGAAGGGCAGUCACCACAGAGGAAGGAGAGCAGUUUGCAAAGGAGCAUGGUCUUAUUUUCAUGGAGGCCUCUGCCAAGACUGCUCAGAAUGUCGAAGAGGCAUUCAUAAAUACAGCGGCAACAAUAUACAAAAAGAUUGAAGAUGGUGUGUUUGAUCUGUCAGAUGAGUCGAAUGGAAUAAAAGCUGGAUAUGAAGAAAUCCAGGGGCCAUCAGGUGCUACACCCCAAGGAGGUUGAUGCGGCUAAUAUGUUAAUGGUGUCCACAUCAUCAUGCAAAAAAAAAAAAAAAAAAAUCAUCACAUAAUGAUGUAAGCAAAGACUUCUCUGAUUUUUCUUUUUUUCUAUUGUUGUAAAUCCAUUUGAUGUUAAAUUUGGUGACUUCUGCUCUGGUGAAUCUCGGAACCCAUUAUUAAUUUAUCUAUAAAGAGUUGUGUUUGAUAA